AACCCUAAAAAACCAGAAGAGAUUCUGGAGCACCAUUGUCGUUGAACCCUGCUUUUAGAGGAAGGGGAGGAAGGAAAAGAUCAAGCUAACUUGAGAUCAAAGCUUGAACUUCCCGUACAGGCCAAAAUAAGAAUCAAACAAGGGUGAUGUCUGGCUAUGUUAGACGAGCUUUCUCAUGGCGGAACAUGUUUUGGCUCAGAAGCUCUGCUCUUCAUGUUUGUGACGUCUCUCCCACUAAAAUUUGUAUGUCUGAUAGCAAUAGAGUGCUUACUCUUCCAGUGACACCUAAUUUUAUCAUAGAAAGUCGCAGAGCCUUUGCCAAAGGGCGAAAGUCAAAAGAUGAAGUGGGUGUCAGUACAAUUGAAGUUCCACCAGAUGUUGGGCCUAACAUUAAGGCAAAUGCUGUCUCACAAAUGGAGGCUGCAAUGGCUGCAUUAUCAGCAGAACUAAGCAAACUACGAACAGGAAGGGCAUCUUCAGGAAUGCUUGAUCAUAUUAUUGUUGAAACUGGUGGUGUGAAGAUGCCUUUGAAUCGGAUUGCUGUUGUUUCAGUCAUAGACGCAAAAACCUUAUCUGUUAAUCCUUAUGAUCCAGAGACACUUAAACAAUUAGAGAAUGCCAUUGUUUCAUCUCCAUUGGGGUUAAAUCCUAAAGCAGAUGGUGAGAGAUUGAUUGCUGUUAUUCCACCAUUGACCAAAGAGCAUAUUCAGGCCAUGAGCAAGGUUGUUACUAAAUCUUGUGAAGAUACCCGGCAAAGUAUUAGAAGAGCUCGGCAAAAGGCAAUGGAUACAAUUAAGAAAUUAUAUUCAAGUCUCCCCAAGGAUGACAUAAAAAGAUUGGAGAAAGAAGUUGAUGAUUUGACAAAAAAAUUUAUCAAGACUGCAGAAGAUGUAUGCAAGGCAAAGGAGAAAGAAAUUACUCAAGGUUGAGAUUUGGUGUUAUUGAUAUGUUUUGCAGAGGAUUCACUGCUUCAUUUCUCCUUGUAAUUUGCUGGGGCCUGAAAUUUGUCUGGUAUAAGCCAAGUGUCAUUUAAUCAAGUCAUUAUAUGUUAAGGACUAUUCUGGCAAUUUCAAAUGCAUAAAAGAUGAGUCUCUCAGUCUCAACCUACCCGGUUUGGAGUUGCUACAUUUGUGCAGGCUGCUGUGCUUUGUGGUUGAUCAGCAUCUUGUGUUUAUGAUUACUCUUCUAGUUAGUUCUAAAUUUGUGUAUGUUAUGUUCAGUACUAAACAUGGAGGGUGGUGCAGAGAUUUAAGUGGUGAUAUAAGGUAAUUGAAGCUGACAAUCAAUUAAGAGUUUAGGAUAUGAUAUGUUGGCAUCAAGUCAGUUAUUUUAGCUGCUUUUUAGACAUGAUUCAGCCAUUGCAUGAUGCUGUUCAUGCUUUCUAGAAUAUUAUUACUUUUAUUUUAUUAGUUAUGAUGUUUGUUACCAUGAGGCCAAAG